GGACGGACGUCAGGAUAGACAGCAGCAGUAUAGAAAAAGCAGACCAAAAGAGAUGGUAUGGUAACGUUAGUUGCUUUGAUAGCUGUGCUCUCUCUCUCUCUCUCUUUCUGGCACUGUGUGAUUUUAUUGAAACCAAAUUAAAGGUAGCUGCAAUAAAUACGAAUUUGGAAAGCAAAGCAAAAAUCUCAGCGUAUUCGUAUUGUUUUUUGUUUUCUUUUGUGUCAACCCAUUCUUCUGUGUGUCUCUUCUUCUUUUUGUCAAAAUUUUUCAAAUAUGGCAACACCUGUGCACCAUAGGCAAAAAAGGAAUCAAGAAAAAGUUAGGUUAAAUUACAACUCUGGAUGCUAGAGUGAUGUGUGUAUGCGAUGGAUGAAAGAAAAGGAAACAAAUACAUUACCCACUACGACUACUAAACCAAAUGGGAUCUUUCUAUCGUACCUUUUGUCGCGCCAACUAUUUCUCCUCAUUAAAUACAAUUUAAUAUAUAAAAUAAAUUAAUUACAGUGAAUAAUUUAAUGGAAUGGAUUACAAUCCACAGAGGGUAUUGAUAAAAAGUGAAUGAAUUUUUGUGAAAUAUAGUUUUCAAGGAAUUUAAAUUGAAAAACUAAAUUUAAGUGACAAGUGAAAUAGAGAGAGAAGAAAUCAAAAUAUAGCCAAGUGAUUGAAAUUACGCCUUAAGUUGUACAAAUUAAAUUGUGUGUAAAAUUACUUUAAACAACACGUUAGCAAAGGCCAUUUGCUAAAUGAAAUUCAAACAAAUGGCUUGAAUUACCACCAUUUACCAAAACAAACCGAAAAUGUUUGUUUUUCAAACAACGAUUUAACCAAAAUUUCCAUCAAAGAAAUAUUGGAAGACAACAACAACAACCGACAUCAUCACAAGCAAUUUUUCUUAGAUUGUAGACGUUGUCGUCGUCGUCGCCGUCAAUAUCAUCGUUGCCUUUGCCAAAAUCGGAAAAUUAAUAUUUUGUGUGAGAAGCCGUAUAGAAAAACAACGAUCGUCGUGGAAUCAUACAAUAAUUGUUGUAAACGUUUCCAAAGGAAACCAAAGAAACGUAAGCGACAAUAUUGUAUAAAACGACGACAAAUACUACCAGUCUAUCCUAACUACUCUGGCAACAGAAACUGCAGCGUAAUAAAAAGCAAAAGCCUAAGCAGCAAACUCAAAUCUGUUAAAUUCAAGAUUAAAGUUAAUCCCAAAGUUAUGUUGAUCGAUGUAAUGGCUAAUAAUGUAAUGUUGUUCAAGUGUACUCAACGAUCAACAAAACUGCAGAAUUAUUUGAAAUCUUCAAAUACGGACUAUUGUUUUGAAUUAAGCCCCCAUGACUUUGGGGGCCCGCCAUUAUAUCUUCAACUACAGCAACAACAGCCGCACGAACAAGAACAUUUUGAUUUUUGUCACGGCGAUUUUAAGAAGCAACCAACGACUCUGCAGAAGAAACUUCACACCUGUACUGCAGCCACAAAUGAUGAUAACAGUUAAGUGAUACAAUAAACCAAUAAGAAAGAGGCCAGAGACAGAGAACUGAAAGGGGAAACUAUAAACGAACUGUACAAAGACGAAGAACAUUUCAAGAAAAAGUUUUCCUUUCAAAGUAAAAAGAUUCGUAUUUAAAAAAUUCAAUUAAAAACAAGUCAAAAGAAAAACAAGUCAGUGUGGUGAAAAGCAGGAAUAAUUUUCCUAGAACGAGAAAAGGAAAAAAAAGCAGCAACAUCAUACAAAACUUGUGGUUGAUGAUAGUCCGUUCCAAAAUCAACAAAAAAAGCUCCAACUACUACUACCCGCAACGUCAUUAGGUAGUGGAAGUCGAAGGUUGUAUACAACAGUGUCAACGUCGUCGUCAAUAUCGUCCUCGGCCUUGACCUCUGGCUCGUCCUUGUCGUCUAGUGGCACGACAAAACCAAAUUUACAUAUACAAUCUAUUAAAGUCGAGCCCAUGCCGCAAACCACUAAACAGCUUCCACCACAGCAGCAUAUAAUACAACAUACCUCUCACAGCAGCACCACCACAACUUUCAGUGGCAGCAGCAGCAGCAACAAUAGCAAUAGUCACCUACAACAUGUGCAUCAAGUUCAUUUGGCGAAUACAUCGAGUGCACUACAACAACAACAAUACCACCACACUAAUCAACGCCAACAGCAACAACCAUCUACACAGCACCAAACCCAUAUGAUACAAAUAUCCGAAGAAUAUCUCGAACAAGCCCAAGCUCAAACUCAAAAUCACAUCAGCAACACAAACCCCUCCACCUCCAACAUGAUGAUUUCGGCCACCGGAGAGGUUAUACAACAGCAACAAAUUUUCAAGAUUGUCAGCACUGAUGCAGCUACAGGCAAUAUGAUAAUCGAUACAUCAGGUGGUAACCAUCCCCAAAAUGCCAAUGCCUCCUCAACAACAUCCAAAGUUUUGCUUAGCAAUUUGACCGUUCUUUCCAAACAAACGGGCACUGCGUCGCCCACGUUGGCUGCAGGACAACCGCAAUCCUCGGUCUCCUCAGCACAAACGAUCAAUUUUGUUAACGCCAAGCAGCUAUAUACAGCUUCAAAUCAAGCGAACAGUGGCGGCGUCAUGGCUGCAUCUUUGGGGAAACAGCAAAAGUUUACUGUGUCAUCGGCAAAUCUGAGCUCUGGAAACUUUAAGCCUACUGCCCUCAAGCAAACAACCAAUACACAGUACAUUCAUCAGACAGCAGGAGGUCCGCAAAAGAUAACCAUGACCGGCAGCCGAAAUAUGCAAGUGCUUACAGCAUCUAGAAUACAAACAACGGGGGGAAACAGUCAUGCAGCCACAACUCCACAGAUAGCCAGCAACGCAGGAACGGCGCAAACUAUGGUUGUUCAACAACCUCACAAGUUUGUAACCUCAAGUAGUGUUGGCCCUAAGUCAUCAUCAUUAGGCCCUGGGGUCGGCAACAUUAUAAAGAAAACCACUCUAAGAAUGAGCAACAGCAAUACGUCAGGCACGGCACCCAAAAUGAUGAAUAACUUGCAUGCUCAAACACCGCAAACUGUCAAAACAUUUAUAACGCAAACAACAUCGAGUGGACAGCAGCAGCAGCAGCAAAACAAUAAUCAAAUGACCACUUUGCAACAACAUCAUGUAAAAGGGGGUAGCACCGGCAGCAAAUCGAAAAUUGCUAAACAAUAUAACAAUACCAUACUUAACAGCGCUGGCGCUGUGGCAAUAGCAACAUUGCCACUCCAGCAACAGCAAUCGCAGCUGCAUCAGAAUUCUGCGAGUACACCAACACCGACGGUGGCUGGUCAAUAUCAGCCUCAAACGCAGCAUCAGCAUGGUCUGGCAACGGGUCAAUCUGCUUACAUUAAUCAUCAUAAGACCUCCGUUGGAGUAGCCGGAGUAGGAGCAGCAGUGGGUACUACAAAAAUUAAUAAAAUCAGUUCGAAAUAUGCAGCAGGAAAUGUGGCAGCACAAUUACCACCGGGUACCCAGUUACAUCAGAAAACAGUUAGCAGCCAAGGAGCAUCUUCGGCCACGCAGCAGCAGCAAUCUGGCGCAAAUCAACAACAGUACCCAACGAGUGCCUCAAGCAAUAGCAAUAUUAAAUUUGUUAAUGCUCAAGGAACAAUCGUACAACAGCACCAGCCCUUGACCCCGCAAAAGAUACACAUCAAACAGCAACAUCAUGCUACGACCUACCCCAGUAUGCAGAACCAAAACUUUGAGAGUUUGGAAGGCAAUUCGCACUUCUCACAGCAGCAGCAACAGAUUUCAAAUUCGGCCACAGCUGGUUCAAAUGCAGCCUCCUCAGUGACAGGCGCCGUUAUGGCAAACUCGCCUAACCAGUUAAAUGAUGAUAUUAUGAUGGUUAAUGGUACUCAAAUGACUGAUGAGUUAUCGGCCCGCAUAUUGCAGAGUAUGUCACAAAAAUCCUUCAUCAAUCAACGAUAUCAGCAGUUGCAGCAACAACAUCAGCACACCGUCUUUCAAAAAUCCCCCACAACCAGCAGCAGCAACAACAGCAGCAGUACCAGUGGCAAUACAACUAUGUUGCCGCCAUCUCAGGCAGCGAAUGCACCAAUAUCAGCUGUUACACAACAGCCGACAACAACACCUCACACAUCAAAUGCCCCAAAUAACCAUUCGAAUAUUUUACUCUCACCCCGAGAAUAUACCCUUUAUCCAUCUGUUGUGGGCGGUAGCACGAGUAAUCAACAGCAAAUCCCUUCACCCCAGCAGCAAUCACCAACAAACAAUCAAGCAGCAGGCUCUCCCGGUCAUUAUGGAAAUGCUCCCUCACUAGCAGCUGCGUCCCCUGCUAAUUACUUGUCGAAUAGCAUGGCAACUAUAAUACCACACUCGUCGUCAGGUAACACUGUUGUGGCGGCGGCAAUACAGGGAUCGCAAACUUUGGCGUCGACGUCACGACUAGCUCAAAGUGCGCCAAAUUCACGUUCUCAAUCAAUGGAACGAAAACUUCAUGAAUCUUCAAUCUCAAGAAAAUCUACAGAGUAUUAUAAAGUCAAUAUUAGAGAUUAUCACCAAAAGACUGCGAAUUUUGUGGCACCAACAACGGCCGCUAUCUUUGCAACAAAUUCCUCUACCACAGCGACAACAUCACUAAUCGAUUUUAUUAUCCCUUUACCCCCCUCUUGUGCAACCAUAACCACUACCAAUACCUUUAUUACCACCUCUGCCGCCUGUGCUAUUGUCAAUAAUAACAACAAUACCAACUUUUGCAACAACACCAAACCAUCAAUUUGUACAACCAUGACCACAUCAAUAACCACCUCAUCGUCUUCCAACAACAAUAAAAACCACAAUAGUAAUCACAAUUCCCUGCGUAGUAGCCAUAGUAAUUUAGCGCCAGCUCAUAGUGCAGCCAAUGCUCAUACAGGAGGAGGAGGAGGAGGAGCAGUAGGCGUAAGUAUUGCUGCUUCAUCAUCCUUGUCGUCUCUCUCCUCCACAUCGUCAUCGAUGGUGGCUUCAGCAGCGUCGACGGCGGCCGCAUCAGUUCAUAUGAACAGCGGCGGGGCGGCAAUAUUGCCAUCCAGGUCUCCUUCGAUAACGGCACAACCAUCCCAGUCCACAAUGCUAGACCAUCACCAUCAAGCUCAAGUUCAGGGUAGUGGUGGUGCGAUAUAUUUGCAAACAACAAAGGCGUCUGCAGCUAUAGUCGGCGGCAGCGGCGGUGCUAAUAAUUCCUCUAAAGAUAACGACGAUAUAAUUGGCGAAGAAGUCCGGCCGGUACCGGUGGAAACGCAUGACAUUCGUUUGCAAAUACUACAUGCAGUGUUAUUAGAUCAUACCUAUGCCAAUCCUAUGCCCUUGCAGUUGCCAACAACUUUUGCUGUGCAACCAUCGAUCAGCAGCGCCUCUAUGGUGUCCAGUGGGGUGUCUUCCUACCAAAAUCACCAACAGCAGUGGUCGUUGGGUGGCAUAGGCGCUGCAACGAAUGCCUCUGGCAAUGUGGCCAACAGUGCCAAUGCUUCAACAUCGUCAAAUUAUCCUAUGUACAGCUCUCAAUUAUCCCGCCUUCAGCAGGAUGAUGAUGCAUACUCAGCCAUCAGCAAUAAUAGUUCCAGACCUGCUUUGGGUGAUAUUGAUCCGGGCGAAGAAACGGAAACUGCACCCGAAGCUGAGGCCGAAGAUGAUUCUGUAACCCGCUGCAUAUGUGAUCUAACCCAUGAUGAUGGUUACAUGAUCUGUUGUGAUAAGUGUUGCGCCUGGCAACAUGUGGACUGUAUGGGCAUCGACCGCCAGAAUAUACCCGAUGAAUACUUGUGUGAACUAUGCCAACCCCGACCUGUGGAUAAGGCCCGUGCUCGGGCGCUGCAAGUGCAAAAACGCAAAGAACAAACGCAAAUGAUACUGGUACAAACGCAACAGGCCACCGCCGCCGGCCUCACAGGUGCAGCUGGUUCUGCAAUUGGUAGUGGCGGUGGUAACUGCGGCUCAGUUAAUCUAUCAAGUGAGACUCUGGCAAUGCAACAACGUGUGCCAAGCAGUUUUAAUUUGGUUGGUGGUUCAGAGGCUAACGCCAUGCUGUUGGCAGCGAAUGGCACAAAUUUGAAGAAGGGUGCAAAGUCGUUGAAAAAGGGCAAGGAAACUGCAGCGGGAAAGAAAUCAAAAAAAGCCGAUAAGCUAUCGGGAGCUGGCUCUGGUAUGGCUGGAGGUAAGGUGGCGCGCAAAGAGACCAAAAAGAAUACAAAACGCAAGAAGGCUGGCCAUGAUGGCAUUGGUAGCACGGUGGGUAUGACGGCAGCUGAAAAGCAUGCCGCCAAUCUAAGGCAGUGGAUUGAGAAUUACGAAUUGGCUGUUACCAAUCAUUACUCGCCGGAGUUGAGAGCUCGAUUGCAUGGUAUCACUAAACAACCUUCUCUAUUGCAAAGUAUACUGAACACUGAAAACCCAGUGUUGAAAGAUUUCAGCAUGGGGAAGUUGGAAAAUUGCUACGCCACCGUACCGCAUGCUGGUGGAAAAAUCCUUAUUAGCAAAUUGGAUGUAACACCUAAUUCGCCCAUAUGCGAGUUGAGAGGCAAAUACAUGUUGACAACGCAAUACAAGACCCAAAAUACAUCCAUCAAUAUGAACUGUCCGCCACCAAACAAUUAUCAGAUGGCCAGCUACAAGGCCCACAAGACACCCGGCCCUUUUAUCUUCUUUUACCAGUUGCAAGGAGCUUCUGCCUCAGACAUAUCUGCUGCAAUGGGGACACAAAAUACCACAACGACCACAACUACCGUUAAUGCGGAUGGUACCUACACGACAACCACAACAACAUUGCCCGCCCAACUGAGCCCGCCCCCGCCCGCCUACAUGAAGGGACCCGAGAUAUGUGUGGACACCCGAACGUACGGCAACGAGGCUAGAUUUGUGCGUAGAUCAUGCCGUCCAAAUGCUGAAAUACAACAUUUAUUCGAAAAGGGUACCAUCCAUUUAUUCAUUGUGGCUCUGACAGAUAUUAGAGCCAGUACGGAAAUCACUAUUCGCCACGAACCUCAUGAUCUUUUGGCAAUAGAAAAUAAAAAAUCCAGUACAAUGGUUAUACAACCGACCAGCACUCCGUGUGCGUGUGGCCUCAGUAAAGAUUGUAUAUUUGGACCACCCUUGCCUCAAUUGCCGCUGGCGGCAAAAUCGAAUGUGGGAAGAAAAUCACAAGCCCAGAAUGGUGGUGGUGGAGGUACUCUAACCGCAAAACAACGAAAAGCCAAUCAGCAAAAUCUCAAUCGUAAUAGGUCGACAUCUUCAAGUGGUGAUAGCAAUAUGGGUGGUGCUACAUCGGCAGCACCCAUCAACCUGAUGUCCGCUACAUUGGUGCCUUUAGGUCUUAACAGUCCCACAGCGGCAUUAACGACUGCCAAGGCAGUUGGUGGCGUUGGCAACAAGAGUGUUGUGGGAAAUUGUAACAAUGCCAUCACAAUUCCAAUGCUGCCGUUGACAGCAUCUUGCAAUAGCAAUCUAAGUAAUGCCUCAUCGACGUCAUCGUCCACACUGACCAGUGUAAUGCAUGAUUCGGGUAUAUGUACAUCAUCAUCUUCGCCAUCGGUAUCUAUACCAUCGCCAACGCCCCAUAUGCAUUCACCCAUACAGCAUCCGACUCAUCUGCAGCACCAACAUCAUCAACAACAACAACAGCAGCAGCAGCAACAGUUGCAAGCGCAAACACAGCAACAUCUGAAGACGGCGACCACGAUCUUGCCUCAACAACAGCAACAACAAUUAAUGCAAUCCCUGCCGACACCUCUUAUUCUUACCACAGAUAUGCAGCCGCAAAAACAAACACACCAUGAGCUCCAAGUUAAUGACGGUGGUGGGAUGGCGCAAAUGCCCCAUCAACAACAACAAGUAUUACUUAAAUCGCCAAAAACACAACAACUACAAUUACAACCGCUUGAGCAGCCCUUAACUGUUUUAUCCCAGUCAGCGCCAGCCAAUCAAGAACUUGCCAAUGACCUUCCCGAACAGCAGACUAUCUUGCGUAUGAUAUCACCGCAACCGCAAAUUCUAGUGUCGUCUCAGCAUCAACUGCAAUUAGCCUCCCCUCAACAGCAGCAGACUACAAUUGUAGUGCACACAAGUUCCGGAGAUAUUACACCUCCAGAGGCCACAAUAGCAGCAACUGCUUUGCAAUCCCUAAAUUGCGUCCAGUCUAAUAAUGCAGGUACUGCCAUUGAAACCCUACCACAUCAAAUACAGGUUAAUAGUAUUGCGCCAGUUGCUAAUGUCGGCAAAUUAGAAGAAAUGGGGCCACAAAUAUUACCUAUGCCGGAGGGGCUAAGCCUACAUGCCAACGAGCUACUGCCUUCCAUGGCUGCUUCGUCGACUAUAACUUCUGCAACUGCAUCGUCAGUUUGUGGCUCAGUUAGCUCUACUUCUCCGCAGCAGCAGCAGCAGCAGCAUCAUAAAUCACCACAUAAGAACAAUCAAUGCAAUCAAAAUAUGCCAUCCCAUCAAGGUCGUAAAACUCCUGCCAAACAAGCUCGCACCACCAGCUUUUCGGAGGAUAUGGAUCAGCAGAAUAACGAUGAAAAUCUGGUUUCAUCGGCGCCCAACUCAUCGUCAACUCCCAAGGAGAAACCGAAACUCUCAAGAGAAGAUCGCAAAAUGGAAGCAAUUUUGCGAGCCAUCGAGAAAAUGGAACGUAACCAGCAACGCAAGCAAGAACAGAAACAAGCAAAACGGCAGAAUUCGGGUAGCCACAACACAACACCUACAUCGCCCAACAAAACGUUCGAUUCUGGCGAUAGUUCUGGCACUAAACGUUCCAAUUCUCAGUCGGGCGGCCCGAACAGAGCCAAAAAGAAGCGAAAAGCGGGCAAUAGAGGAGCAGUGCAUAACAACCAAAGAAAGCGCAGACAAAGUCGCAUGAAUAGCCAGGAAUCGAUUGAUGGUGGUUGCGGGGGAGGUCCUCAUGAAAACGAUACAGUUACUUCGGAAUCAGAUGGUUGUGUUGCUUUGCAUUCGCCUCCCAUACAAACAGUGGCCUCACAAAAGGAAUCCUCAUCCGCGGCAACAACGCCAACAGCCGCCCCUACGACGCAAGCAACAUGUGAGAAUAUACCAAACAAUGUCGAUCAAGCGGCAGGACUUUUGAUGGCAUUUGCAAAUCCAAUUGUGGCAGGAACAGCCUCACCACAAGCGACCAGCUCGGCCAUGACAACAGAACCCCAAUCUCCGCAAAGGCCCAGCCACUACAUGAUACCACAUGAAACAGCUGCUUCGCCACCACCAACCCCACCAUCUCAUGUGAGCAGUGCUUGCUUGCUGAUCGAAGCUGCUGUCGGACCACUGGAAUCGAAUUUGGAAGCAAGCUGCUCUCCCGAUGUUAACAAUGCAGCAGAAUUCAAAUAUCCCCCACAGGCAAAGACAAAGAAGCUUCUAAUGAAUAAUUGGUUGCAUAGAGCAGAGGAAAAUGCCGUCAACAACACAGUAGCACCCGGGGAACAAAUGGCACCAAGUCCACAAUUGGGAUGUGUAACUGGAGGCUUGGAUUCUUUGGUACAGGCUGCAUUGAAUGAUUUCAAACAUGCUGCUCCUACGGAAGAAACGGAGUUGCCACAAAAUCUAAGCAUUGUUGCCCAAAGAGUUGAAGAAUUCAUACAACAAACCGAGGGAGGACCCCCAACACCACCGCCUACCAAACAUUCCUACGAAUACGAACACCAGCAACAACAAAUCUAUGCAAUGCAAUGCACGCCUGCUGUCGAUUUGUCACUGAAACAUGAUCCAUCAGCCGUUCGCAGCCCGAAGCCCGUCACUCCUGACAAUAAAAAUUUCCAUCUUCCAUUGCAGGUCAGUACCUGCAGCAACAAUUCCUCAGUGAAAAAGCGCUGGCUAAGACAGGCCAUAAGUGAAGAAUCACAUGAGGAAUUGCAAAACAAUUACUCGUUGUCUCCAUCACCAACCACACCCAUAGUAGCGCCUUCGACAUGUCCGAAUACAUAUGUGAGCACUCCCCAAGUACAGACAGUAGCCGCUCCGAUUUCCUCACCAAACGUUGUGCCCAAUGGUUUUACCACGCCAUUAAAGAAACGGCGUCUAUUGCUAACCGACAAAGAUGAUGAAGAAAAUACGGGUUCCAAUGCAGCAGAAUCUGUUCCUAAUACAUCUCUAUCUCCACUUCCUGCAGAAAACUCGCCGAGAGUUAACAAUGAGCGGUUGAGCACAAUGGUUCCGAUUGAGUAUGAGGAAAAACCCGAAAUUUAUCAACAACCUGCUGCAGAUGCACCGCACCAACAAUCCUCAGCGUUGGUUGAUGGCGAUGCUGAAGGUGAGGUUGAUGUAGACGUUGAAAAAUGUGAACAUAAUGAUAUCUUGUUGGAUAAACAAUGUGAUUCGAAAGAAGUAGUACUGGAACAAGAACAAGAUGUCGAUGUCACUUCACCACCUUUCGAAGAACCCAUAAAGACAGAGGUGGUGACAAAGCAUGAGGACUCCAUGGGAAACCUUAAGCAGGAGUCCGAUGAGUCCUGCCAUGCUUCAAUGCCGUCAAUUGUAAUGCACACUCCUGCAGAGUUCCAUGAUCAAGAAGACGAUGUCGACAUAUUGAGAUCUCCCAGUCCAGGAAGAGAGAUGUUUAAAGCGGAAGACAAUUUGGUUAAAAUUGAACCAGAAGACACCAGCGGUAAUGAUGAUGUCAAAAUCGACGUCGAGCGAGAGGAAAGCAUGGCAGCCGACGAUGUGCCACAAGUUCUGAAACAAGAACUCAAGCAAGAAACUACCCAACACACAGUCGCUAAAGUAGAGGAGCAAAAUACGAAAGUUAAGCAGGAAUAUAAAAUAGAAGCUUCCGAGAAUGUAUCCAAUGCCAUCGAAGAUGAAAGAUCUCAAAAAAGUCCAGUUGCGGUAACGUCAACUGAAAACAUCAAAGUUGAGUCCCAGAAUGUCAAAGCUGAAGAAGUUCUUCCUGAUGAGAGUGGUGGUGAGCCAAAGGCUAAAAAACUAAAAUUGGAGGAGGAGAGUUCGGUGGCAGCGAAUGAAACGCCAUUGCCUGUUAAAAGGGAAAUGACCAAGCAGGAGGAACAAACCAAAGACGAAAAACCCACUAAAGUCGCAUCAAAGUUGGAGGCGUUCACAAAGGAAUCCAUAAAAGCUGAGAAGUGUACAGGAGAGCAUGAAGCAAUAUCUUCCUCCGCUACAGUCGCUGCAAAAGUGGUCGCCAAUAACACUUUCACUGGUCCAAAUUCGUCGACUCCCCCCAUGCUUCCCAGUAUUGCGCAGCAAACGAGCCCAUGUGUGUCUAGCUCCUCUGCUUUGCAGCGUGGUAAGACAGCGUUGAGUGACGAUGACAUCCAAGCCCGUUUACACAGUUUUCAUAAAGAGAAUAUCCUUAUUCUGCAGUCGCGCAAUAAGAAAUCAAAAUCAUCCAACUCCACAUCAUCUUCUUCCUCCAAUUCUUUGGCAGGCAACAGCGAAGCUGCACAUCGAAGCAAUCACAAAAAUAAUUCGUUAUCUUCUUCGAAUCACCAUCAUCAUCACGACGGCAGCAAAGGAAGAGCAGAAAAAUCUGAUAAGUUGUCCACAAAACACCACAAAAAUUCUUCAUCAUCCUCGGGAUCAUCUAAGAAGCAAAAGUUACAUAAAAGAGAGAGGACUACAAGUUCAAGCUCUUCCAGCAAUAGUCAUAAGAAUUCAAACUCACAGGUUGCUUUAACGACACAUAAGAAUUUAGCAAGUAGUUCCCAAACAAACUCUUCAAUAUCUUCAAAGAAGGUGAAAUCAUUGAAGAAAUCCUCAUCAGGUUCGUCCACAUCCUCUAGUAAUUCAACAUCAUCUUGUUCCGCCUCCCUUUUCGCUCUCUCAAAUUCGCAUUCAUCUGUCGCCGACGCAAAAGAGAAACACCAAAGGCAAAGAACUACAUCGAGCAGCAAUAGCACUCCAAUGACCAUGAGCGGAAAUGCAGUGGCUGGACCUUCACAAACUCCUUUUGCUGGGUCGAAAAAACGUCAGUUGAAUUUCGAAUUGGAACUUACCAAGGAUUUGCAUUUGGUCAAUAGUAUGUCAAGUGGCAAUGGUAAGCACAGAAGGCAGGAAGAUGGUCAAGGACAUGGCUCUGGCAAGAAAUCUCGCAAGGAUUCUUCGUCCACCUCCACCACCACUUGCAUUCACAAAGAUGAACAAAAGAAUAGUGGCACCACUAAGCAGUCCUAUCAAAAGUCUAGUUCUUCUUUGGCACAGGUGGAAAAAUCUCAGGAGAAAGAAAAGAAAGCUACUCAAAACGCUACUACGACGGGACCUGCUGCUAAAUCCUCUCAAGCCAAUUGUUUGAUUUCGAAUCCUCCAAGUGCAGCAGAAGUUGUUUCAAGUGCCUCAACCGCUGUUGAUAGUCAUAUCGAAGAAGUAAACAAAACGUCAAUUGCUACACCCGCCGUUAAUAUUCUAAGAGAACACCCCACAUUGCCCCACUUCAAUAAUGUGGUAUUACCACCAAGCUCUAGCGCUAUAAACUCCUCUCAAAUUGGUAUAACAAAUGGUUCACCGAUGCCACAGCAACUGUUACAGCCACAAGUACACGUAGAGCCUCAGCCACCAGCAGUACAACACAUUCCAGUCCAUGUAAGCAAUCCCGGUUGCGCCGUUGUAGCUUCAACUACCCAACCAUCAUUGCCGGCCACACCACCACCGACUGUUGGUCUAACCAGUGGCGGCAUAUCGUCACCAUUGUCAUCAUCGACUGUUAGCACCAGCAGCCAUUUGCCAUUCUUUAACACCAUUUAUGGCAAGCUUCUGGAUAAUUCUACCACCUCAAUUGCUGCUGCACCAUCAUCUACAUCAUCAUUGUCGUCGUCAUCGUCUUUGACAAGCUCAUCAAUGGCAGCAGUUUCUACACCGUCUAUUGCCUCCACAGGCGUACUUUCCGAAUACGUGGACACCAAAUUGAAGAGUUAUAGUACUUUGGGUGGCUAUGUAACACAUACUGCACUGUUUGGUUUAAAUAAUAUUCCUACUAAGGAUAUGUCCACAUUGAGCAAAGAUGCCACCAAUGAAAUGCCAGCACCACCCGCGCCCUCCGCUGUCUCGUCAUCAACUGCGACCGGGGCCUCAACACUGUCAUUGGUACUAAAUGCAACCUCAUCCUCACCCAAUAUGGCCUCAAUGAAAAUGCUCACAAAAACCGCCAGUCAUGAUCCUCGUUUGAAUCCCCAACUUACUGCACCCGAGCCACCACCGCAACCUAAGCGUAAACUCUCCAUAAACGAAUAUCGCAAACGAAUGCAACAGACAUCAUCGAGUGAAUCUGCAUGCAAUAGCUUAGUGUCAACCCCUUCCACACCACCCACACCCCCGGAUGCAGUAGGAGCCGUUAUAGCCGCAGAUUGCGGCAGUGGCUUAGGGGCAGUCAUCAUCAACAAAUGUACUCUAAACUCCCCCGAACGUUUGACGCAAUCGGUGGAUUCGCAGAUACAAAAGGAAAUAAUUGCCUCUUCGUCAUCACUGAAUGUUUACGAUUCACUGAAUAGCAGCAACAGUAGUUCUACCAGCAACAGCAGUUUGUUGAAUGAUUCUCUUUUGAAAUCGUCUUCGCGCGUUCAAGAGGAUUCUACAAAAGGACAAUUCAAUGCGGCGCCAACACUCCUCGAGAAACAACAAGAAAGUCUUUGUGCUCGUUUGAAAUCUUUAAAAGAAAAACAAAGCUUGAAUUUAGGGGUUGGCGGCUGUGCUGGCAGCCGUUCAAGGUUUUCAUCAUUCAGUGAAAGCGUUGGCGGUGGCAGCCUUAGUGAAUUCUCAGUUUUGAGGAAAGACGAUGAUGAUUUGGAUAUUUUGCGUAAGCGUAAUCUAAGCUUUUCCAGCAGUAUAGGUGGUAUGGAUUUAUUGGAUAAUUGCCUGGAAGAAAUUUCCUCAACUUCUACGUCAAUGUCCUCCUCCCGCGAAUCAAGUCCCGAACGUUACCCACAUAGUAGUACGGUCAAUAAACAUUCUCCCCAUAACCAUAGCAAACAUGUAUUGACGGCAUCGGCUACGGCAACAACUAUGGCAAAUAACACAGUGGGUAGCGCGGGUGGAAGCUCCAAUAAUAGUACGAGUGGACAAAUCAAACAACAACAUAACCAUCAUUCCCAAAGCUCAGCUGAAAAGAACAACACACUUUCAACUAAUUUGGAACGGAAAAAGAGCGUUGAUAUAGCUUAAAAAGAUGGUGAGGGAAGGUGAGACUCGUCAAACUAAGACGACUACAAUAUUGUGGUUGGAAGUUGUCAUUAACAACUCAGCCGCACAUCAUUAGCAGCCUCAUUGUCAUUGUAAAGUAUGUAGCAGUAGUAAUUAAUUUGAAGAGAUUUAAGUAUGUGUGGUUGUUGGCAAGCAAGCCAUCACUACACAUGCAAAAGAUAUACAGGGAUUGUUUAAAAAAACAAAGCACCACAUCGAGGAAAACCAUUGAAUUUUGAUUACUUUGAUCUUGUCCCGGGCCAUAUGUAGUAUGCCUAAGUGAACCUUUUCAAACCAGAUGGAUGUUGUAUGAAUGAAUCAAGUAAUCACUAUGUUUUUUAAAUACACACACACACACACACAACUUUGGUUUUUGUUUAUAAAAUAAAAAACAAAACAAAAUGUA